GUGCUUGUGGAGGGGAGAAGUCCAGGAAAGCCAGGAAUCCAAUCUGGCCACCUGUUCCGGGACCACAGCAACAAGAGCAAGACCCAACAAACUUAUACAUCUCAAAUCUCCCCAUUUCUAUGGAUGAGCAGGAACUUGAGAAUAUGCUGAAACCCUUCGGACAUGUCAUUUCCACAAGAAUACUAAGAGACGCUAAUGGAGUCAGCAGAGGUGUUGGCUUUGCCAGAAUGGAGUCUACUGAAAAAUGUGAAGUGGUAAUUCAACAUUUUAAUGGAAAAUAUCUGAAAACACCACCAGGCAUCCCAGCCCCCAGUGAGCCUUUACUGUGCAAAUUCGCUGAUGGAGGACAAAAGAAGAGACAGAAUCAAAGCAAAUACACCCAGAAUGGGAGGCCUUGGCCCAGGGAAGGAGAGGCUGGCAUGGCUCUGACCUAUGAUCCCACAGCUGCCAUACAGAAUGGAUUUUAUUCUUCACCGUACAGUAUUGCAACCAACCGCAUGAUUCCACAGACAUCCAUCACGCCAUUCAUUGCUGCCUCCCCUGUCUCCACAUACCAGGUCCAGAGUACUUCAUGGAUGCCUCAUCCGCCAUACGUUAUGCAACCAACAGGUGCUGUGAUUACACCAACGAUGGACCACCCUAUGUCAAUGCAGCCAGCAAACAUGAUGGGCCCCCUGACACAGCAGAUGAAUCACCUUUCAUUGGGUACAACAGGAACGAUUCAAUCCCAAGACAGGAUUAUGAUACUCCACCAGCUGUUGUGUCAGUAUAUGACUGCUGCCGCUCCUAUGCAAGGGACCUACAUUCCCCAGUACACGCCUGUGCCUCCGACAGCUGUUUCUAUUGAAGGUGUUGUUACUGAUACCUCUCCCCAGACAGUGGCACCUUCAUCCCAGGACACCAGUGGUCAGCAGCAACAGAUAGCAGUGGACACAUCCAGUGAACAUGCAUCUGCAUAUUCUUACCAACAGUCCAAACCAUAGGCAGGACUGAAGAAUGUCCGUCUGAAACUUUGCCUUGAAUGAAGAAACUUCAUUGAACAAGAAGUUGGCUUCCAGUUUGCACAGACGUCAAUGGAAUGCUUUUUUUUUUUUUUUCAGUUUUAUACUUUACCCAAUGAAAACAAAGUUUUUAUGUGCUGUGCAAAUGGUUCCUUCAUGUGGUCUGACAGUUUAUUUUUGCCAUUAUUUUUUUUUAAUUAAAGAAAAAAAUCCCAG